AUGAUUGUACCGCGAGAACUCGAAACGCCAUUCAACAAGUCGCCGCUGGUGCGGGCGGUGACGGCGUUUCUCAUGGUCUUUAGCAUCCUCGCCGUCAUCACCCGCAUCGCCACGAGGCUGCUGACGGCCGGCAGCUUGAAGCUCGACGACCACACGGUGAUUGCUGCGACAGCGCUGGCCGUUGCGCAGUCGGUGGUGGUCAUCAUGGCUGCUGCCAAUGGGCUUGGUCGGCAUGAUGACACGCUCAGCGCUGGUCAGAUUUCGUAUAUCCUCAAGUGCAUCUACGCGGCCAAUGUCUUGUACAUUGUGACCCUGGCCGUCACCAAAAUCUCAGCAUGCCUGACCGUCAUGAACGUUGCGCCGCUCAACCGCCGGCGAGGCUCCUUUGCCGUCAUGGGCGUGAUUGCGCUGUGGGCGGUCUCGGCCGUCGUCACCGUCCUGUUCCAGUGUCAAGUCUCUGCGCCGUGGAACUUUGUCUCUGGGAAGUGCAUCAAUAUGCCUGCCUUUUGGACGUACUUUGAGAUUAUGAACAUCGCUACGGACCUCGCCACGAUCGUGGCCAUUGUCGAGUUGGUGUGGAAUAUCCAGGCGCAAAAGUCGAUGAAGACGCUUGUCAUCUUUAUCUUUGGCAGCCGUGUCAUUAUUGUACCAGCCGCCAUAUGCCUCAUCGUCUACCUGCACAAGGCAGCCGACGACUUCGCCGCCACCGGCGACACGUUUGUCUUGUGGCCGCCCGUCAUUAUCCGGCAGGUGGUGCAGUGCCUGAGCAUGGCGACGGCGUGCGUGCCGUACCUCAAGCCGUUCCUGGACAACCUCGAGUCGGGCCAGAUGCGGGCCGGCGACGCCCUGCUGUACGUCAAGUCCGGGUCGGGCAACAGCGGCAACAAGAGCGCGCGCAAGAAGACGACGGGGGCGGCGGGCUCGCAGCAGCCGGGGGCGGCGUCGUCGUCGAGCCGCAGCCGGACGACGCACCACCGGCCGUACGAGCUGGCGGACAUGACGAGCAGCAGCAAAAAGGGCGCGACAAAGGCCACGACCACGACGAUUGUGCAUGAGGAAGCCCAACCGUCGUGGGACGGCCAGAGCCAGUCGAGCCAGACGGUGCUGGUGCAGCAGUCGUGGCGCGUCGACGUCGAGGCGAGGCCCAAUUCCGAGGUGGAACGAUGA